AUGGCCGUGAGUCUUCCAGGCACACCAGAUGAGCCACUCGGAGCAGGCCGACUUCAUACUGAAGAAGCUGAUGCACUUCGACACACCAAAAACGGCAAGAAGGCCAUCACCGAGUUCCUUAGGCCUGCUCGACGUUAUGAAGAAGUCUGGAUCUGGGCUCAGUAUCUCCGACCAGCCUGCCUCGAUAUUCUUCCGAGAAGACCAGCGGUGACUAUUUUGUCGGUACUGAUGAUUUGCGACAACAGUACCGUGGUUGUCAAAUUCACGGUCUACGGUACUCAGAAUUUGGUCCGAUCGACAAUGAUUGCCUUGUUUCUAGUUUCUAACAUUGAUGAUGGUAAUUCACCCGACCUGUCGACGGGUUACGCAAGUUGGCCGAGCGUCACCGCCAGAAACACCGCCAACUCGGAUGUCUACAGCGGACCCCGCGGUCACCGAGACGACGACAGCCACUGGGACGGCCAUCACUUUGUCGACUUUUCGUAG